AUGGGGAACCAGACGAGCGUGGUGGACGCGCUGGUCGAUCUCGAGUUCCCGUCAGCCGCGGCGGCCCCCGCGCCGCGCCUGCCGCCCGGCCACGACCUCCCCAUGGGCGUUCUCUCCUUCGAGGUCGCGUCGCUCAUGCGGAAAGCGCUUGAUCUAUGGCGCCAGCUCGACGCGCGGAAUAUAGCGGGCUUGGAAAAGCAGCUGCAGACCGAGGGGCUGAAGCGCCUGUGCGUGGGGGACUAUUCCCUCCGCUGGCGCCUGGCGGGCGCGGAGUAUGCCUCCGACCUCACCGCGCUGACCGCCGCCGUGGGGGUGCUGGCGCGCAGGUGCGGGGGCGCGCGGAGCGGGGAGGUGCUGAAGCGGCUGCGGGGGUACAGCCGCGCAUGGAAGAGAGAAGAUAGCUUUAGCGAGGGCGAGGCGGACGAACUCAUGCGUUUUCUGAGGGAACAGCUGGAGCCAAUGGGAGCGCUGCACAACGCAAUGCUGGCACUGGAUGACGUCAUCAACAGCUCAGCAGGAGAUCCCGAGGUGCAGAACCCUAAGACGCGUCGGCCCAAGGGGAAGCCACAGGCCGCCGUGAUGGAACAGAUGCAAGUGGUGCAUCAGCUGCAGCGAGCAUCCCUUUGGAACCACCCACUCGAACGACCGGUGCUGACGUUGGCCGUGUCGAUUGGGGUGUUGUGGCAGCAGUACCGGUCGGUCUUCGGCCGGCCAGCCCCCCCCAAGAAGGAGGAGGUGAAGGCGACGCUGGGAGCAGCGGGGCUGCCGUCAGUUUAUGCGCGAGUGCUGCUGGGGGUGGAGCAGAUGCGAGAGAUGAGCCCCAUCAGCCAGCCUUUCAAGGAGCAGCGAAGAGAGCUCUACUCCAUACUGCCGUCCACGGUGCGUCGGCGCCUAGCCAAGCGGCUGAAGCAGCGGUCCAAGCGGCAGAUCGACGGGGCGAUAGCCCGGGACCUCAAGGGCGUGGUGGGGGAUAUCCUGCGGUGGGUCGUGCCUCUGGCUGAGCGCACGGAGGUGUGGAAUGGCGACAAGUCGUUCGGGGCUCAGAGGAGAAACCGCGGCCACCGCACGCUGCUGGUGGAGUGCGGUGGGCUGUCCCUCUGUCUGAGCGCAUCGAGGUGUGGAAUGGCGACAAGUCGUUUGGCGCUCAGAGGAGGAAUCGCGCCGCACGCUGCUGGUGGAGGUGAGAUGCUGGUGGAGGACAAGUUUGAGGCUGUGCUGGUGGAGCUGCUGGUGUCUGCCACUCCACUUGUCCCACACCCAUUGCCCCCACCUCCUCCGUCCUUCUCUUCCCCUUGUCCCCCAUACCAGACGCUUCACUAUUGUGACAAGGACAAGUUUGAGGCAGUGCUGGUGGAGCUGCUGACCUCCUUCUCCCUUGUCACUCUCCACUUCAGACGCUCGCACCUGCAACCGCACCCGCCCUCCAAGGCUCGCCCUCCCUCAGGCCCGGUCCGACGCAAGCUACCAGGCUCGGCCGAGCCUAAGAACCAGGUCGCCACAGCUCCUGCCUUUCCCCCUUCAGCAUCUGCUCCCACUUUUGUGAACAGUGACAGCAACCCCGUACUGGCCCCUACCGUUCCGGACCUCCCAGUUCCCCUCUUCCCAGACCUCCUUCUGGAGCAGCCCCUCCCGGACCUCCAUCUAUGGCUCGGUCUGCUUCCAGUGCUCCUCCCUCCAUGGCUCGUACUGCACCCGAACCUCCUCCAACUGGUCCGGCCAUGCCUAGGCCAGCUCCCCAAGCAAGGCCUGGCCCAGGACCAGCUCCUGGACCUGGAGGCCCCCGAGGCAAUCCAACUGGACCUCGGCCCAGGCCUGGUGCUGGCCCCGGACCUAGGCCUUCUCCAGGCCAGGCGAUGCCUGGGAGAGGAGGUAUGGGACCCGGAGUUGGGGUUCCUCCGGAGGCCAAUGCAGGGGGGAAGGCCGAUGGGUCCAGGAGGAGGUAUGGGAGGAGGCCGGGGAGGUGGGGGAAGAGGAGGUGGAGGGCCAAUCCACAGGCCAAAUCCUGCAUCUCCAGUGUUGGAUGAUAUUGAUGUCAAGCCAGUGGCGCAAAGUCAGGGCCACCGCGCGGGCGGGUGGCUCGAAACUCUCCGCCAAGCCUCGCGCAUCCGCGCAGCCGGCGCUGGGCUUGCGGGUAGCUCCGCAUCAGCGGAGGCAUCCGCCUUCUCGGCGCCUUCCUCCGCUCCCGCUUCCGCUUCCGCCUCUGCUUCCGCCUCCGCUUCCGCAUCCCCCUCCGCCCCGUGCCGCUUGAAGCGGAGCGCCGCAGACGCGGGGCUGGAACGCAGCGUGGGCUCCGCGGAGGAGCCGAAGCUACUGAGGCGCGCAACUUGCCCCGCGGAACGCGCCUACGUCGUCCCCCACCACUGGGCCUCCGCAAACCCUGCUUCCGCCGCCAGCUCGCGCAACCCUGCCUCUUCCCCCGCCCCCGUCCCCGCUGCUGCCCGCGGCGCUGGCGCUGGCGCAACCUGGCCCGCGGGUCUCCUUGCGCUGAACGCGCUCGUGUCUCCGCGAUACGCGCACGGUCAUCCUUCACGGCCCCCUCCUGCUGCCUCCGCCCCGCUUUCCCGACGUCAUCCUCCGCCCCCCCGUUCACCCGCUUUUCCGCCCUCCCCCGCUCCGCUUCCCCCAUUCCGAGCGGAAUUCGCGCGCGCGCCGUCGCCUGCUUCUACUCCUACAUCCUUACCCGGGAUUCCCGCCGCACCUGGUGCUCCACAGCGGUCUCUAGCGACUCGAAGACGCUCGUCCAAGUCGCCUGCCACGUCAGCGAACGAUUCCACGUCAGCGGGAUUUAGAGUCCCGUUCUCGCCACGCGUAGCUUGUGGUUCCGAGUCUGCUGACACGUGUACGAAUUGGAGUGGAGCAGGAGGAGCGGAUUUGGCGAGCGAAGAAAGGCCACGUGGAAUGGCGGCACAGGGAGAGACAGAAUCAUCAGCAGCAGCAGCAACAGCAGCAGCAGUAGCAAAACUGCCACCUCAGGUGGUGCACCUGCCAUGUCAGCUGCUGCGUCUGCCAGCUCAGCUGUGGCUGGCAGACUCGCGCCCACCGCCUCCCCUCAAGGAAAGGGGGGAGGAUGAGGAAGAAGAGAAAAUGAGGAGGAGAGAGAAGAGGGGUGGAGAGGGGUUGGGGAGGGAGGGAGAGAAACAAAAGGUUGUCCUGGCGGUGAGAGCCGAUGGGGAGAAUAUGGAAGUGGGGGAGGUGGUAAGGGGAGUGGAGAUGAGGGAUGAAUUGGAGGGGAUUGAACGAGAGAGCGGGAUAUCAGAUAACGGGAGUGAAGCGAUGGAGGUGGAGGGAGGAGGAGAAGGAGGAGGAGUAGGAGAAGUGGGAGAAGAGAUAGGAAGGGGAGAAGAGAUAGGAAGGGGAGAAGAACGAAAAGAAGUAGUAAAGAAGGUAGGAGGAGAAGAAGAAACGGAAGGGGAGGACGCUGGGAGGGAAGCUGUAGGGAGGGAAGAGGGUCUAGCUGGCGAUGCGAAAGGGGGUGAAGCAAGUGGAGGAGGUGAAGGGGUUGAAAGGGGUGAAGGGGGUGAAGGGGGUGAAGGGGGUGAAGGCGGUGAAGCAGGUGGUGGUGAAGCAGGUGGUGGUGAAGCAGGUGGUGGUGAAGCAGGUGGUGGUGAAGCAGGUGGUGGUGAAGCAGGUGGUGGUGAAGGCGGUGAAGGCGGUGAAGGCGGUGAAGCAGGUGAAGGCGGUGAAGGCGGUGAAGCAGGUGAAGGCGGUGGUGGUGACAAGCAGGGCGAGCAAAGUGGGUGGCUGUGGGAGGGAAGUGAUCUGAAAGGGUGCUAUCUCGACGCGAGCAGGACAUGUGUUGAUGAAACGGUUACAAGCGGUGCUAAGGUGGUUACAAGCACUGCUGAGGAGGUUACAGGCGGUGCUGAUGUAGUUUCAAGCGGUUCUGAGAUUGUGAUACUUUGUGCAGACAUGGAUCUGGACGCGAUGCCUCUGGGUUGCUGCCUCGGAUCCCAGCAGGAACAACCUGGGGAGGCUCACAUGGAGCAUGAAAAGCAGCAGCAUGAGGAGCAGCAGCAACAGCAGGUGGAGGAAGAGUGCUCGCUGGAGCAGUUGACUCGCGUUGACUCCAUGGAAGAUGACGACUUCUGGGAAAGAAUGGUUGCCAGCUACGGCACACUGGACGACCUGCCUGCUACAGCCGAAGCCGUGGCUGCUACAGCUGGGGAGGCCGCUACAGCUGGAGCGGAGGCUACAGCCGGAGUGGCUUCUACAGCCAGAGUGGCGGCAGUAGCUGAAGGGACCUUCACAACUGGGAGAGUGGCCACAUCCGAUGGUGGGAUGGCGGUGGAUGGUUGUGGGCUAGGGGCCGCCACAUUAAGCGAUGGAAAUACCCUGCUUGCUGCAACUCCCGAAUCUCUAGCUGUUGCUGAUGGUGCACUGACAGCGGUUUCCACUCACUCAGGGGUGCAUGCAUCAGUUGCUGCUGGAAGUGCCCUGCCUGCUGUGACUCCUGAACCUCUGGCAGUUGCUGACGGUGCCCUGCCUGCAGUUUCCUCACACUUGGGGGUGCAUGCAGCAGAUAUGAAUUUCGAGUCGCGCCAAAAGACAUGUCUGGAUGCUGUUGACGGUGCGCUGCCUGCAGUUUCCUCACACUCGGUGGUGCAUGCAGCAGAUAUGAACCACCAACCUCCUUCUGCGGAUGCUGAAGCAGCAGCUUCGUCGGGUUCUAAGGCUUGCACGGGCGAACUUCCUCGCCCGGCCUAUCAUGCCGAGCCUGUUCUACCCUCGGCCAAGCCUGCGAGUCCUGAGUCCGAAGCUGCUGCAGCGGUCCUGCUAGCACUGCUGGCUCGGCAGCCAAACCUCAAUCGCGUACGGCCCGAAGCAGGCAUUGGUGUACUGGCACAAGGCUCGGUGUCGCCACAGGGAUCUGAACGGGACAUGGUGCUUCCAGGCAACUUCCUUCAGCAGUGCAUCGGAAGCAUGAGUGCAGCAGUGAGGUCUGCAGUAGAGUCACCCUCGUUAGAGUCACAGUUGCUUCAAUUGCUGCUGCUGGCAGUGGCCAGACAACGAGGAGGAGGGGGUUUGACUCAACCAGCGGCAGCAAGAUUACCAGCAAUAGCAGCCGUAGCACCAGAUAUGAUGCUCGAAAAUUUCCACCAAUCAGAGCCCGACGAGUGUGCAGCAGCAGUUGGGUGGGCGGGGGGGGUGCGGCAGGAGGUGGGAGCGGGCGGGCAGCAGAACGGGCAGGAGGAAGAAGAAGGAGAGGGAAAGGAUGAGGAGGGAGAGGAGGAGGAAGAAGAGGGGAAAGCGGAGGGGGAGGAAGGAGGAGGGGAAGAAGGGGGAGAAGGGGAAGAAGGGGCAGAAGGAGAGGAGCAAGAGGAGGAAGGGGAGGGAGAGGGGGGUGAGGGGGGUGAGGAGGAGGACAAGGAGGGUGCGGAUUUGACUGUGAAGCGUUUGGAAAGGGAGAUGUCUGACAUCUCUCUCCCCCCCUCCCGUCGCUUUCUAGCCACCGUCAAAGCCGCAGUCCACCGCUCUAAAACCAUCAAAACCGGUUCCGGCAGCACCAGAACUCCUGCCACACCCAGUCGCGUCAAAGCGAGCCCCAGACCUCCCCAGCCCCCCCCAGGGUUUCUUUCCCCAGUGGAAACUCUACAGCUUAUUCACUGCGACCUGCGCUCACGCCCGUUCUUCCUUGCGCUUCUCGCAGUCUGCGCCAAUUCCACCGCUCUGCACCUUCGCAACUGCUGCGGUUUGGACGACGCCUCCCUCGCCGGGAUCUCGGUCGCCACGAACCGUCGGAUCGGCCGGCUGGCGAUCGAAGGGUGUCCGUUGAUCACGAUGAAGUCGCUAGAAGCGGUGGUGUUGGCGCUGCCGGGGUUGAGGCAGCUUGUGGUGGGGGACUGUGGGGGGGUGAGGGAUGAGGAGAUGGGCGGGGAGUUUGCGGAUCGGAUUUUCACGUUGAAGGAGCUGAAAUGGCAGCCGUCUGGAGGUAGGUUGGCGGGGACAGGGCUGUUUGAAAAAGGCAGGUGGCUGGUACAGGGGGGGUGA